AUGAAUCAAACAACAAUCGUCGGACAACCAGAGCAGAACCAUUUCGUGUAUUGGAUCUGUUGUGCUCCGGGACUCAAACUAUGUGCGAUCGCCGACUUUCUCCCACAUGCAUCACAGCAACCAAGUUCCGCUGUCGUAGUGGGUGCGGUUGUAUCGGAACGUCAAAUUGCCAUUUGCAAAAAGAUUCAACAAAAGGAUCAUUUUCCAAUCACACAGCAACAGACUGAUGAGGCCACUACAGAAAUUUCUGUGCCAAAGCAACAAUCCAACCACGCAAAAGAGCAAAAAAUCCGAAUGAGACUCUAUUGUGCCGAUGGAACAACCUUUGUCCAACCGUCCAAUGAAAAUCAACAGCUCCCAAAGCUCAUCUUUGAUUCUCAGGCAGCCUUGGAGGAAACAGGCGGAAACCGCAAAUGCAUGGACAAAAGUGCCCGUGCCGGGGAACGAAAGCACCUCAAAUCUCUGGCUACUAUGGACUUUGAUUGUGACGAUCGUCAUCAGCCGCAACCAUUUGCCAAUAACAGCCACCAGGUGGAUGAUUCAGCACCAAGAAGAGAGGCAACAGCAAAACAUCAACCCUGGAAAGCUAAACUUUUUGACCGCGUCCUGGUGGAUGUUGAAUGCAGUACAGAUGGAUCCCUCAAGCACAUUGCCAACAACUGA